GACAUAUUCAAUUGUGGCAGAGUGACUGACUGUAUUCCUCCCUUACACUGCUUCACCAAACUACACAGCACAUAGAAAAAGAAAAGGACCUGUUCGAUGGGAAAUUACAAAUCAAGACCGUCUCAGACGUGUACAGAUGAGUGGAAGAAGAAGGUGGCUGAGUCCUACUCUGUAAUCACUGAGAAGCUGGAGGACGACUUCCAUCUUCCCGACAGUCAGCAGGCAGACCUUAAACUUGCUUUCAGCUCGGAUGAGGCGUUUCAGAAGGUGAACGUGAGCUAUCGCACAGAGAAAGGGCUGUCGCUGCUGCAUCUCUGCUGCGUGUGUGGAGGGAGCAGUGCACAUAUGCGAACCCUGAUGCUGAAAGGCCUGCGUCCUUCCAGACUGACCAGGAAUGGUUUCACUGCCCUGCACCUAGCAGCUUACAAGGACAACGCAGAGUUAGUGACCGCCCUUCUCCAUGGCGGGUCUGAUGUACAGCAGCUGGGUUACGGGGCCCUGACGGCUCUGCAUGUUGCCACAUUAGCUGGGCAUCAUGAGGCUGCAGACAUACUCCUACAACACGGUGCUUAUGUCAACGUUCAGGAUGCUGUGUUUUUCACCCCACUGCACAUUGCAUCCUACAGUGGUCACGAGCAGCUGGCAAAGCUCCUGCUGAAGUUUGGGGCAGAUGUGAAUGCGAGUGGGGAAGUGGGUGACCGGCCGCUGCACCUGGCGGCAGCCAAAGGUUUUCUUGGCAUCAUCAAGCUGCUGAUGGGUGAUGGGAGCAAAGCUAAUGUAAAUGCCCAAGACAAUGAAGAUCACGUCCCUCUCCACUUCUGCGCUCGUUUUGGUCAUCAUGAGAUCGCCCGUUUCCUUCUUAUGGGCAACUUUGAAGUGCAGCCUCACUCCGUCAACAUCUAUGGAGACACUCCCUUACACUUGGCCUGCUAUAAUGGCAAAGUUGCAGUUGUGAAGGAGAUAGUACAGUUUUCUGGUGCAGAAAGUCUCUCGAAGGAGAACAUAUUCAGUGAGACUGCACUUCACAGUGCAUGCACCUAUGGAAAAGACAUAGAAAUGGUCAAAUUCUUGCUGAAGCAGAACGGCGUGUGCAUCAACUACCAGGGCAGAGACGGACACACAGCUUUACACAGCGCCUGUUUCCACGGCCACAUCCGCCUAGUACAGUUCUUGCUGGACAACGGGGCAGACAUGAACCUGGUUGCCUGUGACCCCAGCAGGUCCAGCGGAGAGAAAGAUGAGCAGACAGCCCUGAUGUGGGCUUAUGAAAAAGGUCAUGAUGCCAUCGUUACUUUGCUAAAACACUACAAGCGUCCAGAUGAUUCUCCAUGUAAUGAGUACUCUCAGCCAGGAGGGGAUGGAUCCUAUGUUUCUGUCCCAUCUCCUCUUGGAAAAAUUAAGAGCAUGACUAAAGAGAAGGCAGAGGUUCUGGUGCUCAGAGCGAGCCUUCCAUCUCAUUUCCACCUUCAGCUGUCUGAGCUUGAGUUUAAUGAAAUUAUUGGAUCUGGCUCCUUUGGGAAAGUCUACAAAGGCAGAUGCAGAAACAAAGUUGUCGCCAUAAAACGGUAUCGAGCCAAUACGUACUGCUCAAAGUCAGAUGUGGAUAUGUUCUGCAGGGAGGUUUCCAUCCUCUGUCGCCUCAAUCACCCCUGCAUCAUCCAGUUUGAGGGGGCGUGUCUUGAUGACCCCAGUCAGUUUGCUAUAGUCACCCAGUACAUCUCAGGAGGUUCGUUGUUCUCCCUGCUACAUGAGCAGAAGAGGCUUAUCGACCUGCAGUCCAAGCUCAUCAUUGCCAUCGAUGUGGCCAAGGGCAUGGAGUACCUGCACAACCUCACCCAGCCUAUCAUCCACCGGGACCUCAACAGUCACAACAUCCUGCUUUACGAGGAUGGACAUGCAGUGGUUGCUGAUUUUGGAGAAUCCAGAUUUCUACAAUCUGUAAACGAGGAUAACAUGACCAAGCAGCCAGGGAACCUGCGCUGGAUGGCCCCCGAGGUGUUCACACAGUGUACACGCUACUCAGUGAAGGCAGACAUGUUCAGCUACGCCCUCUGUCUGUGGGAGCUGCUCACUGGAGAAAUCCCGUUCGCCCACUUGAAACCUGCUGCUGCUGCAGCAGACAUGGCCUAUCAUCAUGUCCGGCCUCCUAUUGGCUACUCCAUCCCCAAACCCAUCUCUGCGCUCCUUAUGAGAGGCUGGAACUCCUCCCCAGAGGAUAGGCCGGACUUCUCAGAAGUAGUUUCCAACCUGGAGGAAUGUCUGUGCAACGUUGAGCUGAUGUCUCCAGCUUCCAGCAACAGCAGCGGCUCCCUGUCGCCCUGCUCCUCCUCGGACUGCCUGCUGGGGCGAGGAGGACCCGGCCGAAGCCACGUGGCCGCCCUACGCUCUCGCUUUGAACUGGAGUACGCUCUCAACACUCGUGCCUACGCCUUCUGGACUCAGAGCGAGGAUCGCCGAGCUUCUGGUGGCCUCUCGCUGGAGGAACUCAGGAGGAACAUGCAGUUCUCUCCCAUCGAUCGAAACGGGUAUGUUUCUGAUCCCAUGAGCACCAUGAGAUUCCACUCCUCCUUCAGCAGCGGCGGCAGCUUCGAGGACAGUACCUGAACUCACGUGAAGAUUCAAGACCUUUUGUCAUCGUGACCUCAUUCAUUCAGACACCAUUACGUUUUGUAAGAUCAUUGUAAUUAAAAAAAAAAAAAAAGGUGGGACAAGCAUGCGCUUGUCCCACAUGUUCAAGUAUCUUUUUCCCCCUUUCCAUCAUCAUGGUUUUGUAUUUUCUCUUCACAUUUAUAUUUCCAAUUUAGUUUUUGUUUCCAUUUACAUGGUUUGUGUUAAUAUGAAAUACAUAAAUAUAUACAUUUGGAUGGCAAAACAAAAUAGAAAGAAACUGCCAAUAUCCUUUAUUUUAUUUUAUAAUCAACAAAAUCACACAAAAGUGUCAGAUGCACUCAAGGAAGAAGCUUCGCAAAUCCAUCCUACCCCUAAACAUGAGAUUAAUUAACAAUACAUAUUUAACAUUAAAUAUUCCAGUGGAGGUAGUGUUAGGAGCAAGAGUCUUUAGACAUUUCAUGAUUUUAUCACCAACUAAUCAUCAUCCGCCUAAUGCUCGGAUAGUGUCCCUGUACAAUCAUGUCAGCGAGCUGAGUGAAAUGUUCAUUAACAGUUUCAAUUACAGAACUCUGCUGAAAGCUGGAGUGCUUAGAUCCAGUAGGUGGAAAUGUAAAGUGUAAUAGAGGCAAACUAAAGAUGCGGGAGUCUGACACCUAUGAAUUAUUCAGUCAACUCUGAGCGUGACUAGAGGAGUAUCUGUUUACAGCUAAUAGAUGGCAGCAGCUCUACUUGAUACCACACUCAAUCUAUGUGUUGUUGUUACUAACAAUAAGAAGACAUGGUCUGUUGUAAACAUUUUAUGUAAUAGUAGAAAUCUCAUAUUGUUUUUUUGUGAAUUAAGUAUAAAGGCUGUUAAAGGAGCUGUUGUCAUUUAAAUGCAGAGGCACAAAAAACACUUGAAAGCGCAUGUAACUAGUCCUAAUGGAUUCAUACAUUUACAUGUUUGAGAAACAUUUUAUGAUCACUGGAAAUGCUGCUUCUAAUAAAACAAACAUCUG